CAAUUAAACUCCUGUAUAAAACUCACGUACAAGGAAAAGAGAAGGAAGUGGUCGAGAUAAUUAGAUCUGUGGUUCUACACAUUUUGUCAGUACUGUUUUGAUCAACGAAACGGCCAUUAUAUUUUCUUUUUCGAAUUUAGCAGCUGAUGAUCACAAGUGAGCACUGAAAUAGACAACGAUGGAUCUGGCAAACCGGCGAUUGGUCGUCAUUUUGUUGGUGCUUUAUAACGUGGUGUCGCUAUGUCGAGCCCAGUACCAUGGGAAGCUUGUUGGUACCUUUACUGAUAAGUCAACACAUGACAUAGCCGGGACAGUGUACGCAGAGGAUGAGACCACUCUCAGAAUCAUCGGCUUCAGAUAUGACGGUGCUGGUCCAGAUGCUUUCAUUUGGGCUGGAGAAUCCGGGGUACCAUCAGAUGAUGGUUUCAUCAUACCCGAGGAGGAAGGAAGAACGGUAAAGCUUGAAGCGUAUGACAACGUAAAUAUCAGCGUGACCCUACCGGCAGGAAAAACUGUAUCGUCUCUUGCAUGGAUCUCGGUUUGGUGUCGACAAUUUGCGGCAAAUUUUGGAGACCUGACUGUUCCCGCCAACUUCAUAGCCCCUGCCCCUCUGGACCUGGGGGCCCUCGGCUUCACACCUCGUGUACACAACACCUAUGCGUCUGCCGUGAUCAUCUUAAACGCAAAGCAGAUCCGAGUUGAGAAUCUGGUCUAUGAUGGUCAAGGACCAAGAGCAUAUUUCUGGGUUGGACCGGGAGGGACGCCUAACAAUGAUGGCGACUAUGAGAUUCCAGACGAAACGGGAAGUACUGGUGUUAUCAACCCGUACAACGGUGAAACGAUCACCCUUACCUUUCCCGAGGGAACAGACAUAUUCGACAUCGGACACUUCGGGCUGUGGUGCAUCCGGUUCACGCAGGACUUCGGGCACGUCGACAUCCCUUCGCAAGGCGAGCUCAACAUCCCUCCAGCACCUCUCACCGCCGGCGGAUCAACGAGAUUGACGUUUCCAAACUGCGAGACGCUGGUCGAAGACGAGCUUCAAGUGAGUUGGAUGAUCAACGGCACCGACAUCGUCAUCCGACUGAGCAGCACCAAUGACACCGGCGACUACGCCGCGUUCGGUCUUAGUGGAUCGCCAACGGGUACUUUGAUGGUUGGCGGGGAUGUUGUAGUGACUUUCAUCGAUAAUAUGAAAGCUCCUCAGGCCGUUGACUACUAUCUUCAAGGCCAAGCUCAGUGUUCCCCUCAAAAUGGCGGUGGUGCCUGUCCAGAUACAAUUUCAUCAGCACAAGACGGUAACAACAACGCAGAAUUGGUUGAGUCAUAUUAUGAGGAGAACGGAGUCACAAACAUUGUUUACCGCCGGCCUCUAGCUGCAUCUGACGCAACAUAUGACAAGGCUUUCACUACCGAUGGUCCAAUCUAUGUCAUCUGGGCUCGAGGGCCUAUUAAUGGUGAUGGGCGUGUUGCUUACCACAAUGUACGACGAUCACUAAAGUCUUCAAAUCUCCAGAUCGAUUUCGGACGUCCUAACUCCACGUGCCCACCUCUCGGCCAGAAUGCUACUGUGCCACCCGCAACAGAUGGCUGGGUGAUCCCAGGAAUUGAAGAACUUGAAACAGCUACCUUCACCGUGGAGAUGGGAUUGUCUGGUGGAAGCAAAGGAUAUGAAUAUAUCACUGGCCGUGUUGGUUGGGGAAUCGCUUGGUUUAUCAACGGUCAGCUAAUUCCUGAGUUAACCCUGAGACGCAACGUGACCUACACAUUCCUUGUCAGUGGUGGAGAUGACCCGGUCGCCAGUGGUAACUAUCAUCCCUUCUAUAUUACUGAUGACGUCAACGGUGGCUAUGCGCAGCUCACCGAAGCAGAACGACAGGGUAUUACGAUCUACGCAGGCCCUAAUGAGGGUCCACUUUGCCAGUACAUGAGCAGCGCAGACCCUAAUUCGUACAGCACGUUUGAAGACUAUAAGACGACCCUGACCAAGGAUUGCGCACCCGGUGAUCCGGGCGUACUCGAGUGGACCGUCCCGCUUGAUGCACCUGAUCUGCUUUACUACCAGUGCUACACUCAUCGUUUCCUCGGAUGGAAAAUUCACGUGACAGACAACGCCACCACCGUGACAGACAGCGCCACCACCGUGACAGACAGCGCCACCACCGUGACAGACAGCGCCACCACCGUGACAGACAGCGCCACCACCGUGACAGACAGCGCCACCAACGUGACAGACAGCGCAACCACCGUCUCACUGUCUGUAUUUAACAUAGUUCUCCUCUAUCUCCUCUACUUAAUCUUGUAAAAAUCGUUAUUUGCAACUCAAAUCAUUGGCAUAUCAUUUUGUCUUUCAUUUCCAUAAACCUCUGAAAGACAGUUUUCCAAGACUCUUUGUAUAAACAUUUUCUGUGAAGUAUGACUAUUACGUGGUGGAGGAGUAUCAUGCAUAGCGCACAAAGUAUUUGCUAGAUUUGUGAUAUGCCGUCAUAAUCCUGAUUGUUUUUUAGUCAUGAUUGAAGAGUGUAAACGUUGCGAAGAAAUUAUUUACAUGAAUAGUACUUGCUAUACAUUCGGUCGCGAAGUUUCUGCUAGAUCUUUUAUAUGCCGUCAUAAUCCUGAUUGUUUUUUAGACAUGAUUGAAGAGUGUAAACGUUGCGAAGAAAUUAUUUACAUGAAUAAUACUUCUUAAACAUUCGGUCGCGAAAUUUUUGCUAGAUUUGUAAUAUGCCGUCAUAAUCCUGAUUGUUUUUUAGACAUGAUUGAAGAGUGUAAACGUUGCGAAGAAAUUAUUUACAUGAACAAUACUUGUUAUACAUUCGGUCGCGAAGUUUUUGCUAGAUUUGUAAUAUGCCGUCAUAAUCCUGAUUGUUUUUUAGUCAUGAUUGAAGAGUGUAAACGUUGCGAAGAAAUUAUUUAGAUGAACAGUUCUUCUUAUACAAUCAGUCGCACAAAAUCUUAGAAGUAGAGUAUAAAGUGAAAGUUAAAGACGAAAUAGUUUCAAAAGGAUUUCCAGCACAUUUAUUUAGAGCCCCACAGUACUACCUGUAGCUACCUGCUCCCUCUAUAAAGUUAACAAUGCCUAGGCGGUGCCCGUUGGUCCCCCAUGAUCCUCUUUUUUAUGUUAAAUUUAUUGAGAGCUGAGUUGAUGAUAAUUAUAGCCACCUGUCAGUGACCACGCUGGGUGGUCUCAUCCCUCCUGGCCAAAAUAGUACAGAUGGGCUUUAACCUCUGACGUUUUCAUCAUAAAUUCUUAUCGUAACCUUUGACCUAUGAGCCACUACCAAGAAUGAACAUAUUUAUUGAAACUAUUCUGCGAUGUCAUAUCUCAGAGCUCAAAGUUUGUUUUUUAAUUAACGGGUGGGUUGUAGGAGCCCCUAAUUGCUAUAAUCAACUCUUCGACUCCUGUCGAGCAUUUUUCAAUCUGAAGUGUUUUUGUAUGUUCACCCAAUUUGUUAAUUUUGAUGUAUAAUGAUAUAUUAUCCGUCACAUAUAUCAAGAAAAGAAUGUUUCUCCAGGUUUUACUGACUAAAAUAUGAAAAGAAAUUAUGAUUCAUGAUAGUGCAUAGUACUGCAUGUCUUGCCACGCGUAUUAUGGUAAUGAGACA